AUUUGUGCGCAGGAUAAUCCGAAGGCUGCAGCAUUUGAACGGAAGAAUAAUGGCGAAGUACUUCGGAUUGAUGACUCAACUCCUGAAUGGAUCCGAAAUAAAUUAGAUUCCACAACAUUUGAUCAGAAACCUAUAUCAGAUAGUUGUGAAACCAGCUUGAAGAACGAUGGGGAUUCUACGUUAGGUCCUUGGAGAGACCUUCUUGAUAAUCCAAAACAGUGGCGGGAUUACCGCAACCCCAAGCUCAAUGGAUUGGUAAACCCAAACCACCCUGAUUUCAAGAGCAAGGACGGUGGUCAUGCACUCUGGCUUAACAAGGCCCCACAGCCGGUUUUGUCAGAACUUGAAGGCAUGGAGUUUGAUGUUCAAAUUCAGAAGUCAAAACAAGCAAAGGAGAGUAGAGGUGAUGAGUCCUGGAAGGACUUGGUGGAAAACCCGGGUAAAUGGUGGGAUAAUAGAUUGGAAAAGCGGAACAAAAAAGGUCCAGACUUUAAACACAAAGAAACUGGUGAAGCACUAUGGCUCAGCAGUUCACCAGCAUGGGUGCUACCUAAGCUGCCACCUUUAAGAACUAAGCAAGCUGUGACGAUUGGCAAUACGCCUACCGCAUGAAACACGCAAGCAUCUGUUAGUUGUGUUUGAGCAAAUUUUGGAAAAUGGAUUUUGGCUGUCCUGAUAUUCGAAUUAUUCUGAUGUUUUGCAGCUUAUUGCACCUGUUUAUAGUAGCGUCGGAGACCACAUGGAUGAUUUAUUUAAUUCUUCCAUCUUGCCCUGCACAUGCUUAAUAUAUUUCUGAAAUGUACCAUACUAUAUAGAAAAUACAUCUUCAGGGAAUGCAUAUUUUAUUGCA